AUGUCGUCCUAUCAGCCUGCUUCUGAAGCUCCUCCUCCUGCUCCUCCUGCUCAUUCUCAUCUUCCUCCUCCUCUUUAUCCUUCUAUCAGUACAGGACCGCCUAGUUAUAUCGGUACUCCUCCCGUUUACAACAACUCAGCUGCUCCUCCUCCUCCUCCUCCUCCUCCUCCAAUUUAUGGUAACCCACUGCCUCCUCCUGUCCAUAUUCCUGGCCCUAUCUCCAACAACGGUACAACUCCUGCGUAUUACAACCCACCACCACCAUCUGUUCCACACUUGACCGGUCACCAAGUACCAGGUGGACCACCUCCCAUGGCUGCAUCUACUAGAGCAAGGGGAAUGCCUCCAGGAGGACAGCAAAUCCCAGCCCCAGCUCCCGCGCCAGCACCUGCACCUGCACCAACUACAACCACCACCUCCAGGAAGCGCAAGUCUGAUGUUGCACCCGACAACACUCAAGAGGACCUCUUCCCAACCGACGUCCCAGAUAUCGACAGUGACGAUGAGCGUCUGGAGAGUCUUGACGGAGACACCUGCAACUCCAUCCGUCGCAAGAUCCGUAACUGGAUCGACUCUGGAGCUCAGAAAGUGGGCGAGUUCCAAAAGACAAUUGGUGUUAGCAGCAAGGCCUAUGGCAGCUUCAUGAACCGAACUGGCACCUGGGAUGGUGAAGGCACCGACACCUUUGCCAAGGCUCAUCAUUUCUUCAAGAAGCGUGAGCUUCAGGGUUUGCCGCUCAAGGCUAACAAGCCAAAGAAAGCAAAGACCGCCGCUUCCGCAAAGGCUACCGAGGAGUUUCUUGAUGUGAGCAAUGUCGAUCCCCUGCCUGGUGAGGCGGACGGUACAGUUCCCGUCUACGAUACCUGCAAUGAGAUCCGCAAGAAGAUCCGUCCUGUUCUGGCCAAGGACGGCAUCACACAGGCAGCUUUCAUCCGCGCCCUCAACAAGAAUCUACCCGAGGGGAAGAGUGUGUCUGCGGCAAACCUUCGCUACUUCAUGGGCCGCAAGGGCCUUCGCGACGGUAAUACCAAUAUUACAUUCUACGCUGCCUACGUCUUCUUCGAAAAGAAGCGCCUCCAGGCGGACAAGCCCAAGACGAAGUUCCGUGUGGAUAUGGAAAACGCCUGGGGUCCCAAGGGCUUCGAUAUUGAACACGGAGCCAACCAGCAAUACACUUGCUCUGCUGGUGAAGAGCCGAUAAUGGACAAGUAUGGCAAAAUCGAUUUUGUUCAACGAUUUUGA